CGUUUGUUAGCGCUUAGCACCUCCAGCGUAGUUUACCAGGAACUACCUGUCGGUUUUGAAGUUUUAAAAAAAGGGAAUAUACUGGAUGAAUAUUUUUUUUUCGGACUCGUAAACGUAAAACUUAACGGACUUCGCGUGUGAACCUGGCACAAGAUAAGAUAAGUUGUGGAUAUAACGUCAACAGUUUCUGAUUAGUUAACGUUAGCAGCAAGCACGGGACAGAGCCCUGUAAUUAUCAGCUAAAGCUAAAAACAAACCAAAAAAAAAAAAAAAAAAGUAGUUGUACUUUCUCUUUGGCAGCUAAUGCGGAACAAUUAUCUUAUUAAUAUGUGAUAUAUGACGCUUUUAUAAAACAAACAAACAUGCACUUAAAGCUUACUGUGAACUUUUAUGGGACCAGGAAAAUUCCCACCACCUCCUCAAAAUAGAUACAGGAGGAGCUGGGAACUCACUCACGUGUCCAGCUGCGCCAUCGUUUGAUAGCGAGUUGAACUCCUGAGUAGAACAAGUGAAGCAAAAUGUCUUGACUGUAAGUGCACUCCUUCUGUGGGAAGUGUGCGACCGACUUUGAGUGAGUGAAUUUUGAGCUUUAUCGUGGGAUAUUCGCCAUGGCGAGUGCUUUAGCAGCGAAAAUGGGAUUUAACUCACUGAGGAAGAAACAACCCAGGACCUUCAACGUCAGGAUCUGCACCAUGGAGUCGGACAUGGAGUUCAGCUGUGAGUCCAAGUGGAAAGGGAAGGAUCUCUUUGACCUGGUGUGCCGAACCCUCGGCCUGAGGGAGACGUGGUUCUUCGGGCUCCAGUACAACAUCAAGGACACGGUUUCUUGGCUGAAGAUGGAAAAGAAGGUUCUGGAUCAGGAGGUGCCGAAGGAGGAACCAAUCACCUUCCACUUCCUGGCCAAGUUUUACCCUGAAAAUGCUGAGGAGGAGCUAGUGCAAGACAUCACACAGCAUCUUUUCUUCCUACAGGUGAAGAGGAAGAUCCUCGACGAAGAGAUUCACUGUCCUCCUGAGGCAUCUGUGCUCCUGGCCUCCUACGCCGUCCACGCCAAGUACGUAGACUACGACCCUGACGUUCACAAGCCUGGCUUCUUGGCUGAGGAGGAGCUGCUACCGAAGAGGGUAAUCAACUUGUACCAGAUGACUGCAGAGAUGUGGGAGGAGAGGAUCACAGCGUGUUACGCGGAGCACAGGGGCAGGACGAGGGAUGAAGCUGAGAUGGAGUACUUAAAAAUAGCUCAGGACCUGGACAUGUACGGCGUCAAUUACUUUUUAAUCAGGAAUAAAAAGGGAACGGAUCUGCUGCUGGGAGUGGAUGCACUCGGUCUCCACAUCUACGAGCCAGACAACAAGCUGACGCCCAAGUGCUCCUUCCCUUGGAAUGAGAUCCGUAACAUCUCAUACAGUGACAAGGAGUUUACCAUCAAACCUCUGGACAAGAAAACCAACGUUUUCAAGUUCAAUUCUUCUCGGCUGAGAGUCAAUAAGUUGAUUCUUCAGCUGUGUAUUGGGAACCAUGACCUGUUUAUGCGCCGACGUCGCGUGGAUUCGCUCGAGGUGCAGCAGAUGAGGGCUCAGGCCAGAGAGGAAAGGGCCAGGAAACAGGUGGAGAGGCAGCGUCUUCAGAGGGAGAAGCAGCUCCGGGAGGAGGCGGAGAGAGCCAGGGAUGAGCUGGAGAGGAGGCUCAUUCAGCUGCAGGACGAGGCUCACAUGGCCAACGAGGCGCUGCUGCGUUCGGAGCAGACGGCCGACCUGCUGGCCGAGAAGGCCCAGAUCGCCGAGGAGGAGGCCAAGCUGCUGGCCCAGAAAGCCGCCGAGGCCGAGACGGAGAUGCAGCGCAUCAAAGUGACCGCCAUCCGUGGCCAGGAGGAGCGGCGGCUCAUGGAACAGAAGAUGCUGGAGGCAGAGAUGCUGGCCCUCAAGAUGGCCGAGGAGUCGGAGAGGAGGGCGAAAGAGGCCGAGCAGCUGAAGCAGGACCUGCAGGAGGCCAGGGAUUCAGAACGCAGGGCAAAGCACAAGCUGCUGGAGAUUACCAGCAAGGCUGUCUAUAAGUCCCCAGGCCUGCCGUCUGACAGCAUGCCUCCAGACCUGAGCUUCAGCAGGGAGAACCUCAGCUUUGACUUUAAAGACACAGACAUGAAACGCCUCUCCAUGGAGAUCGAGAAGGAGAAGGUAGAGUACAUGGAGAAGAGCAAGCACCUGCAGGAGCAGCUGAAUGAGCUGAAGACGGAGAUCGAGAGCCUGAAGAUGAAAGAGAGGGAGACUCCUAUGGACAUCAUUCACAACCAGAACACAGAGCAGGGAACCAGCAAGCACAGCAACUUUAAAAAGCUGACGCUACAGAGCACCAAGACCAGGGUGGCCUUCUUUGAGGAACUUUAAACCACGUACCCGUAGAGGUGGGGAACGCAAAAACUGCCACGAACCUCUCGUCUCCGCAUUCCCGGUGAGUCGUAAAGAAUGAUCACACUACGAGGCCUUAUGCUCCACUUCCUGGAGAAGUCCUGAGGAAAACUACGGACAAAGAAAACAAACAAAAAAAAUCUACUGCAUCAACUCCAGGGGCCUUGUGUACGCACAAAAAAAGAACACAUUCCUAAUAUUCCUGCACUAAAUCAUGAAGUCAUAAAAAAAAAAAACUGAGUGUGUGUUUACAAAGGAUUGUUUUUCCAUGAAUAUUUUGAAGUAAACUCCCGAUUUAUUGGUUGAAAGAAGAAGAAAAUAUAUAUGCUGCUCCUGUUCCAGUGAGUCUCUGGAAUUUAGAAUGGUUAUGAAAUCAUUCCCGAUUGAGGUGACCUACAUUAUCUGAUAACAGAGUAGAAAUGAACCACUAAUAAUUUUAAACCAGUGACAAUAUGUAAUAUCUUUAGUAGCUGUAUUGUAUUCAUCUUAAGCCCUAGUUGCGCGGGUCUAGUUUUACCUGGGGACCUCUAGUAAUUUGUAAUAUUAAUGAAAUUCAUCUGUGAUCUCAAUCCUGUACAAAUUGGCCAUGUGUGUAAUUCAUUCAUUCAUUUCCAUUCUUGGGGAAAUGGGGACACUGGAGCCUAUCCCGCCCUGGACACGUCUCCAGUCUAUCUCAGGGCUAACACAGAGAGACAAAAAAAGACAUUCACACUCACAACUGUGGCCAAUUUAAAAUCACCAGUGAACCUAACAAGCAUGUCUCUGGACGGUGGGAGGAAGCCGGACUCGUACCCGGCAAUGAAUUACCGCCUUAAUACGACUUUAACUGGACAACUUAAGUGCAUGUAAACAUGUUGCUCCGACUAAGAUGUUCUUAUCGGAUUAAGACAUCCAGAUAAUGCGAUUGGAAAGUGAUUUUCACCGGUAUGAAUACUGUAAACAGAGCCGGUGGAAGAGCGCCCUGAGGGAUGGCACCAUCUUAUCUGCACCAUAAGUAGCGCGCACAUUACGUGUGAGAUUAAAAAAGCUGAACUAUUAUUCAUCUGGUCGUUCUUUAAAUGCCAGUCCGCUGCAUGAACGACUCCAGUUGUUUAUUAUAUCACGUAUUAGGUCAAACAGUAAAGGGGGCCGUAUUAACCCGCUGAAAAGACACAUAUCGCCACCUAGUGGGGAGGAGGAGAACAUGUUCCCGUCAGUUAUUUAAUUUUCUGCCCUCAUAUGCGGACGCAGGUAUUAUUUUGCUGCCACCAACAUGUAAGAAAUUACUGUAGUUGAGUCGUAGCUCGUUACUAUUGAUAGUCAUAACAGCAUAAAUAUCAUAAAUAAUAAGAAUUUGAUGUACCUUGUCCACCUUUUGUCCCGUGAAACAUCCCCUUAACAUCUUAACGUCCCCAUAUGAGGACGCAGGGUCUCAGGAGAUUAAUGUGUUCAUCACAUCUGUAAAAGUGGAGCUGAUUUAAAUACUGCCAGGUAGCUCGUAAAUUCUCCCCCAGUCUUGUCACAUCAUGAUUUAUUAAUAUUAUUAUUAUUAAUGCAAAUUUAAAAAGUAGUUAAAGCCGCCGAGACAUAUAGUCGAAUGAAGAUGGGUAGUAAAUUAGAGUAAAAGGAGGAGUUUGCUUACCCCAAUCCUGUGCAAAUGCAGACGUACGGGUGUCGUUCCUGAAUCACACGGUAAAACUAGCCCCGUGCACAUAGAGCUUCAGACUUUUAUUCUUGCUGACAAUGUGAUAUAUAUUCCAUUUUAUUCAUAAUCUCAACAUAUUUCUCCAUGCUCCAUGUUCAAUAUAAUAACACAGUAUAUAAUAUAAUACAGUAUAUCAUAUAAUAUAGUAUCAUAACAUAAGACAUUUAAAGAGCCAUUUAUUGUUAGUGAAGGGAUCUGAGGUGGAUAUGAAGCUGUUUCUCUCUCACUAAAAUCCACCUCUCACUUAUAACAAGCAUUUAUCUCAGAAAGCCUGGUGACUGUAGAGUAGUUAUUCCUCUUUUGUUUACAUCUCAUAUAAGUAGAGAUGUCUCAUUACAUAUCAGUGGAUUAAUCAUUUUUACCUCGUGCCUUUUUUUUUCAAACUGGAUGAAAGAACCGUUUUUCUUUUUUUUUUAUGAAAACAAACACUUUUUUUUUUUUUGGAACUGAAAUGAACUAGCAUCUGUUUUGAAUUAAUGUGUCCUUGAAUUACUGUGCCGUUUCCCUCUGAAACCAAUUUAUUUUGGAAAAUUAUAAUGUGAAUUCAUGUAUUUUUUUCUUUCCUUCUACAUUUAUCACGAACACUAAGCAGCAGUAUUUGAAAACGAUACGUCGGAUGAAGUUACAGAGCCUACAUUGCCAGAGAUUUUUGUAACAGAUGCGUGUUUUCGUAUCAUGCAAAAUAAAAGAAUAUCGGGUCAGA